UAUAACGAGAUGAUGGGCAUCAUUCCUGAUAAAAGUGUAACGUUGGUCGAAAGGUGUAAAGUUGGACGAGCUACCUUCUACUUCGAAGAAGCUGAUUGAUAUUAAAAAUAUUACAUACGAGGAUCAACGUUUGUUACAUUACAGUAAGUUGCAAAUAGGGUACCCUGUUAAAAACUGGAGUUUUAUAUAUAUUGUAACCAGUGAUUUUUCCGAGGCGAAGGAAAAUGGCAACAUGGCGACGGGCACGGCGAAGUAGCAUCGGCAACGCUGCAAGCUCCGGAACGAUCGACGCGGGAGGCGAUGGUGGGAUAGCAGUCAGCUGGUGGGCGGGAGAAGCUAUCUACCGGCGUCGGCGGGGGACGAAUCUUUUUGGUGAACUGUUACUUCUCACAAGGAUCGACAAUGCAAACCAUUGCAUUGCCUGGAAAUAUCAAAUGGGACAUUCCACAGUACAUUGUUUAAUUAGAGAGACUGCAAUAGCAAUUUGGAAAGCCCUCUCGAAAACUUAUUUAAAACUACCAUCUUCUGAGGAGGAUUGGCACAAGAUAGUGAAAGAGUUUCAAGACCAAUGGAAUUUUCCAAACUGCUUAGGGGCAUUGGAUGGAAAACAUAUUUCCAUUCAAGCACCAGCAAAAACUGGUAGCCAGUACUUUAAUUACAAGAAGAGUUUCAGUAUUGUGUUACUGGCCUGUUGUGACGCCAACUAUAAUUUUACACUGAUAGACAUUGGAGCUUAUGGUAGCGAAAGUGAUGGGGGUCUUCAAAAAUUCAGUUUUUGGAAAUAUGAUGGAACAAAACCAGUUAUCUAUUCCGCCACCAAAAUGUUUACCAAACACAAAUAUUUUAAGUCAAUUUACUCUCGUAGCCGACGAAGCUUUUCCAUUACAGACUCAUAUAAUGAGACCUUACCCAGGACGACAUUUAGAUCCAGAAAAACGGAUUUAUAAUUAUCGUCUUUCCCGAGCACGGAGGGUGAUUGAAGACGCAUUUGGCAUUCUUGUCAAUCCUUGGAGGCUCUUACGAAACAUGGUGACAGCUGAGGUGAACAAUGUUGAUAUUUUUGUUAAAGCAACCAUAUGCUUGCAUAAUUAUGCCAAAAAUGAAGUAGAAAAUAGGAAAGACUCUACUUACUGUCCAACAGAUUUUGUUGAUACCGAGUAGCGGUUGGGAAGGUGGGGAGACGAUGUUAAUCCUCUAGAAUCAGUGGGAGGAGGGUCAAGUUCCAUGGCAAAAUAAAGUUUUGUAUGAUGGAAGAGAAAUUAUGUAAUAUCUGCC